UUAGUAAAUAUAAUUAUAAGUAUAGGCCGUUAGAUUUCAACUUUGUGAUUUAAUUACUAAUGAAUCAUAGACAAAUACUGUUAAUUGUGUUUGGUGGCUAGUUUGUUUGUUUUUCGCGAGAUUUAGUGUUUUUAGCUUUUAGAUGACUGUAGCCUGUACGGUAGGAAAUGUUGUAAAUGUAAUUGUAUUUUUGUAAAUAAAUUGUAAUAACUAACAUAAAAUUUAACAUAUAUGAUACAACCAAGCUAUGCUAAUUUAGUAAUUACUAUUACUAGUAUUACUAACAUUUAAGUGCAACACUAAAAGUAAAACUUCAACAAAAGAACAGUUAAGUAUUUGUGUUCAAUAACUGGUAUUGGUAUUAUAAAACUUAGUAAAAAAAUGGUUAUUUUUCUCAGAAACGGCUACUUUAGUUAAGAAGUUUAAAUUUUAAUGCUACAGUCUGCAAAGAAUUCUAAUUUCAUUAAAAAUCUACAAAUCACUAGCAAAAACCUCAUACUGUUAUAGUUACAACUUGGAGACCAGUGGACUAGACACGGCGAUAAUGAGUGCAGAAGAAGGAAAUCUGCUUGUGGUGAUAGUAGAUACUAACCCUUCAGUCAAGCUUAUGAUGAAAGGAAAGAAUGUUCUCACCCAUUGUUUGGAUUCAGUGAUGGUAUUUUCAAACUCUCAUCUUAUGAUUAGUCCAUUAAACAAAUUGGCCGUUAUUGCUUGCCACUCACAUAAAAGCUCUUUUCUAUUCCCUAAACCUCAAAAUGAUGAUUCUGAAGAUGAUCGCCCUACAGAUGGUCAGUAUGAACUCUUUGCCCAAAUAGACAGAUGUGUGAAAGAUGGUGUGAAACAACUUGUUCUGGAAAGCCCACAAGAAACUCUUCAUAUGGAAUCAGUUUUAGCAGGAGCCAUGAGUAUGGCCUUGUGUUAUAUCCACAGAAUAGAAAGAGAAGAGAAAUCUAGGCAAAAGUUGUCUGCAAGAAUUUUGGUGGUGACAGCCUCAGGAGACAGUGCAGCACAAUAUAUGAAUUUCAUGAAUGUCUUCUUCACUGCUCAGAAACAGAAUGUUAUUAUCGAUGCCUGUGUUCUGGACAAAGACUCUGGUCUGUUGCAGCAGGGCUGUGACAUCACUGGUGGCUGUUAUUUAAAAGUAACCAACGUGUCUGCACUUCUACAGUAUCUCUUGUGGGUAUUUCUUCCAGACGCCAAGACUCGCAAGCAACUGGUGCAGCCCCCUCCAGUUCAUGUUGACUAUCGAGCUGCUUGUUUUUGUCACCGAGAACUUAUAGACACAGGCUAUGUGUGUUCUGUGUGUCUUUCUAUUUUCUGUGCUUUCAGCCCCAUCUGUUCAACCUGUCAGACUGCCUUCAAGUUGGCUCCCAUACCUGCUCUUAAACCACGGAAAAAGAAGACUAAAACAGGUCUCUGAAUAGUUAUUGUGAGAUGUGUGACUCAUUCCUAUGUGAUUCCAUGUGUGAUGCAGAUCAGGGAUUGUAAUGAAAAGUUUGAGAUCAUCACAGCCUAACAAUAAUGUGAGAAAAAAUAUUUGACUCUGUGAAUACAACUCGUUAUGAGGACUGAAGAACUAACAAAAUACCUUUAGUUACUCAGUAAAAGGACUUGGUAGAAGUCAGUCUUAAUAUGUAUCUUCAGAGUUCUUUCAUUUACAUUAUCGUGAUCUGUCAAAUUUCAUUGAUGACUUGCCUUGAUGAUAGGCCUUCCAGUAUGAAGAAUCACAAGAAUUGUAGGUAUAUCACUGUAUAUAACAUGUUUAUAUAUCGAGGUAAUCAUGUGUCAUCCUGUGAUCAUUGUGAAUCUGUUUCAAGACUACUAAAGUAACAACUUACGAGCAGAUUUUUACAGACAAAUCUUGAUUAAUAAUUACAAGUUUACUUGCACAGUUACAUAGAUAGACAGGUGAUGGAACUUAAUAAACUAGUAGUUAGAAGUUAUGAAUCUAUGUAUCUAUAGUAUGAGCAUGUUAUUCAUAAAUUGGGUAUACUUAAUAUAACUGCUUUACUUGAGAAGCUCAUCCACAUAGAACCACAUCUGUAGCAGUUCUCUGUGUCUUGACUGGUUUACUUGACAAACUCAUCCACAGAACCACAUCUGUAGCAGUUUUCUGUGUCUUCACUGGUUUAGUUGGCAAACUCAUCCACAGAACCACAUCUGUAGCAGUUAUCUGUAUCUUCUCUGUAGAUGUAUAAAGGAAAGUGUAAAGAC